ACGCGCAAAUAAGCAUAAGGAAUUAAUAGUCAGUCAUAACUACCAUUUUAAUGUAUAUAAACAUGUAGAUGAAAUGAUAGAAAGUGUGUUUUUUGGAGAAGGGGCAUCUUGUAAAUGUUCUGGAGUGCCACUGGGUUCCGGAGUGACGUAGAAAAAACGCUCCUUUAAAUGGAUCAAAGAAUAACAAUGAACACUGGAUCCAUGUGUGUCCAGUUUCUAAAAAAAGAAAAGGGGAAAAAAGUUUUGCCUACUCUUCUUUUAAGAGGAUGCAGUUCUCAGAAAUGAAAGUGCUUCCCAAGAGGACAUGAUGAAAUAGCUAAUAAACCUGAUGGGGGGGAAUCCCCAGACCUCCCUUGUACACAUAUGGUAUAAAUUCACUGCUGAUCUGAGCUGCAAACACACACACUGAAGAAGUACUGUCAUGGCCGACACUAUGAAGACAGCUGUCCUGCUCCUGGUUUCCAGUCUGAUCCUAGUACAAGGGCGGCUGGGUGGUCUCCAGGGUAAGUGCUUGUGCCAGGAUGAAGCCAGGCGGAUCAACCCAAAGCUAGUGACCCAGGUGGAGGUGCACCCCUCCAGCCUCUUCUGCCCACACAAGGAGGUCAUUGUGACUCUGAAGAAUGGAACAAGAAGAUGUCUGAACCCAGAGUCUAUGUUUGCCAAGUUCAUUGAAGACAAAUACAACCCUUAA